UGCAAGAGAAAGGUUGUGCCAGGGAGUGUCUGUGUUAUCUUUUGAAUUCUUUGAUGAAACCAUUAAAUCCUUUAAGUGUAAAAAGAAUUGUACAUAUGCGUGUGUUUGGUUCUCUAAAUAAUAUUUGCUUUGUUCCGAAAGUACGAAUUUACUGUGACGGAUGUACUUUAAAGAAGUCAGGGAAGGACAUCUUCUGAGCUGUAAUGGAGAGACCAUCAGGAGCUCCGAGAACAAGGCCACUGGAUCAUGGUGAUCCUAGAACGCCCAUGGCAUGGCAACACAGGAACAUAAAUUAUCAACAGCAGCAUGUUUACAAUGAACGAUUAGGGCAGAUGCCAGAUCAGCAUUCCUUUCAUGGUGUGGACAGGGGCACUGGUGUCAUACCUGCCAUGGCAGGCACAGACCCCUAUACGGAAGAGAUGAUAGUGCAACGAGUAGCAAGAAACCAACAGUACCAAUCUCAGUCCCAUUCUCAGACUCGACCCAUGUCUCCAAGCACUGAAACAAGUGCCACAAGUUCCAGUACUGCUGAGCCAGACACGGACUCUCAAAUGAAGUUCAAUGGUACAUUACCUUUCCAACCAGACCUUAUUCCGGGUUCUCAGCCAGUACUGGGAACAUUACACUCGGUGCAGUCAACACUCUCAACAUGGGAUGGGGAACCAUGUCCUGUGCACCACAUGGCUGUACCCAUUCCAGCACUACUUCCCUCUCCACCACCACCACAGUACUCGCUGUUAGCUCUACCUCCUCUGCCUCUGCCUCCACCUCCACCACCACCACCACCACCACCACCUCCUGCCAUGCUCCUACCACCCAUGCUGAGACCAAGACCUCUAGUGCUGCCAGCAGACAAUCCUGCACCUCCAGAACCUCUACCAGUGAGGGACCCUAAGCCAUCAGUGUCACCACUUCCACCCAAGGAAACAAAGCAGACAAGGAUACAGUGUUGCAAGGGAAAUAUCAUUGUAGUGUGGAUCAUAUUAAGCAUAAUAUUUGUUGGGGUGCUACUUGGUGUAAUCUUGCGGUUUGUCAUUGCUUAAAUUUUAAAAAGAAUCUGAAGAAUGAAGAGAAUUAACAAGCAAAUAUCAUUGUAAAUUAUCUGAUAAAAACAAAUGUUCAUGGUUAUGCCACUACUUCUCAAUAAACCCAUUACUAGGAAGAAAAUCAUAGAAGCUUGAAAAUGUGGUACUGUGAUGGAAUUAAAAUGAUAGAUCAGCAUUAGAAGCCAGCUCCACCAAAAUGUGAUAGCAUGCUUGUUAAGUUCAUAUCAACUGUAUGACUUGAAAUGCCAGAUAAGACUCAAUAAAUAAAAAUAAAUCUGUAAAGUAA